GCAGCGGUUGAAGAGGAAGGCUCCUCUCUCGCACCACCCAGGUUGAUGGCCCCUGCGCCAUUCCACACAUUGUUUUUUUUUUGUGUCCGAGCGUUUCAUUCGUCAUCAUGUCCGCUGUUGCUGCCACCAAGCCCGGUUUCGAGGCCCCCACCGCCCUCCCCACCACCAUCCGCAUCACCAUCACCUCGACCGACGUCAAGAAGGCCGAGCGUGUGUGCCGCGACCUCCUCCAGAAGAUCAAGACCCGCGACUCCAUCGCCUUCAAGGGUCCCAUGCGCAUGCCCACCAAGGUUCUGCGUCUGACCACCCGUAAGACCCCCAACGGUCAGGGUUCCAAGACCUGGGACAAGUUCGAGAUGCGCAUCCACAAGCGCGUCAUCGACAUCACCGCCACCAUCACCGAGGCCCGCACUGUCACCAACGUCAACAUCGAGUCCGGUGUCAACGUUGAGGUCACUGUCCCCAAGACCACCGCCUAAAUGCGCGUUGCAUGUGUCUCCCCUUCCCUUUGAGAGGAGCUGGCUGGCCGGCUGUGCAUUUGCGCAUGCGCUAGUCCAGCAGCUUGCCAGCCAGUGGUAUGUUGAACCGUUCGCCCCUCUUCCCCAGCACGCGCUGUGUGUGCCCCUCUUUCGCGUUGGAGGAGGCCCCCCUUGUCUCGAUGAGAGCAGGCGGCAGGUCUCUCUCUCCCAUGCUCUCGUAGGCGGCCCUCGCGCUCUCGGUGAUGCACGGGGAACCCGUUGGUGUUCGCGCUGCGCACGCGCGCAUGCGUCCCGCCAGCGCCCCCGGAAUGUACAAUAUACUUUUCUUCACAGAAAUA